AUGCUUCAAUGGCUGCCACCGAGUGCUGGGAGAUAUAAAUGCAAUAUUGACGCGGCCUUCUCGGAUCAAUUUCAAUGGACAGGCAUUGGUGUCUGCCUUCGAGAUGAGUCCGGAACCUUUGUGUUGGCUAAGACGUUACACUUCAAUUAUCUUUAUCCCGUAGCAGUUGGUGAAGCUUUGGGGCUGUUUCACACUCUACAUUGGCUGCAAGACAUGCGGUUUGACUCUAUUGAUUUUGAGCUUGACUCCAAGGUUACACGGGAUGCAUUCCAUUCACACCAUAGCGAUGUUACAGAAUUUGGAAGCAUCAUUGCAGCUUGUAGAGAGUUGUUCUCUCUUUCUUUUCUAAACUCUCGGGUAGAGUUUGUUAGACGACAAGCGAAUUCGGCUGCUCAUGCUCUCGCAAGAGAAGCUGUUUCCUUAGCUAGUCCCACCACUUUUUAUACCACUGAGAAACCUGAUCUCUAG